UGAACGUUAGAAUGUUCGUUGUUGUUUACCGUAGAGUUUCCUCAAUUUUUGGUUUCUGAAAUCUCUUUUAAUCGGGAAAGGUGCAAAAAGUCGAUUUUUCCGUCUUUAUCAAUUGUAAAGCAGGCGCUGGAAAGAGUGUUGCAGAAAUCAUGGCCACGGUUAAUGGAAAUGCAAGUCCGUUUCGUCCAAAGUUACACAAUGCCAAGAAGUUCCUGUCUCUUCAACUGUCACAAACAAGUCAGGCAAUUUCUGCUGAAUUUAAUCACAUGCUUCGCAGUCAGACUCUAGCCAGAAAGAGGAAAAAGGUCAUCAGUGAGAUUUUUUCCACAGAAAAGACCUAUCAGGAUCAUUUGCAUGCCAUAACAUCACAAUUUCUUGCACCGCUGCAAGUUGCAAGCAUCUUGCCACCAAAUGUACUCAACACAAUCUUCUCGAAUGUGGAGUCAAUUCAAGCAGUGAACAGGGAGCUCUUGAGUCAUAUGGAAACAUCAGGCCUUGGAGAUGCCUUUUUAGCCUUAGCACCAUUCAUUAAACUUUACAGCACCUAUGCCAACAAUUUUGCUAAAGCACAGGCUACCCUGCAGGAGUGGGAAAAGAAGAGUGAGGAGUUUGUAAAUUUUAAGAAAGCGCAAGAAAUGCAUGAGGAAUGUAAGGGACUGAAUCUAGGAGCAUUGCUGAUAACUCCAGUGCAACGAGUUCCAAGGUACAAACUAUUACUUGAGAGUCUUCUGAACAAAACUCCAAAAGACCAUCCUGAUUUUGAGAAACUGCAAGAAGCUACAACUGAAAUCAACAAGGUCGCACAUCACAUCAAUGAGAACAUUCGACAAAGGGAAAACUUCCAGAAAAUGCUCUCCAUUCAGAACUCAUUGACAGGGGAAGGAGCCCCGAAAAUCCUUGCUCCAGGGCGGCUCUUUAUCAAAGAAGGACCACUUUUGAAGGUGUGUAACCGAGGGUCACAGGAGAGGAUGUUUUUUCUUUUUUCCGACAUCCUCCUCUAUGCCAAGAAAAGUGGCUCACUGGAUAAAGAUCAGAGCUCGUACUUAUGCCGUCGCGUUUUACCAUUGAUCGACUGCGAACUGGAACAAGUCUUGGGUGGAACGAUUGAAAACGACGAAAACGCCGGUGCAGGAGCCCUGUUUAAGAUAACUUGUAAAGAUAAAUCCCUGCUGUUGUUCUCCAAGUCAAGAACCGAAGCAAUGACGUGGUUUCGAUCAAUUCGCGAUGCAAUAAGUGACCUCAAGAGCUGCCGGGCCUCCUUACGAAAGCCGAAUAGAGAAGAUUACGAACUUCCGAAGCGGUCUACUCCUUUGACUCGAUCCGUGGCGAAAAAGGCGCGUUUGGGAUUAAGUAUCAUCCGACAGGAUUCGGCCGCUGCUGAUUGUGCCAGUCCUGCAGUAUGCAUCAAAGACAGCCUUUACCCCCUGAGGAAAGAGCUGCUGAACAAGCCAACGCCUUCUCGGUCGACAAAACCAGGCGCUCGAAAAAUGCCUAAGAAUGGGAGAACGCCAAGCAGCGCACCGAUAACACGAGCUCGAAGUAAAGAGACUGUAAUUAACUCUCCGUGGCUGAUUACUGAUGGUGCAGCAGAUGAUAAAAAGGCGAAUAACAAUUGUGCAAACACAGAUGAACUUAAAAAAAAAUAUUGCGGGGAAACGGGAGAGAUGAAAGAAACUGAGGGUGGUGCAAGCGCUGUGCAGAGCUGCAUAAAGACGCGUGGACAGAAGAGGAAAUUUCCUUUGAAAGAGAAUCUAGAAGUCGAUCUCUUCUCGCCGAAUGAGGCGGCCAAGAAGCGUUGCCUUAGACCCAAACUGACCGAAAUGUCUUGUGUCCAUGCAGUUGAGUCUCCUCUUAGGAGCGCGUUUGACCACGUGAAGCAAACACCAGCUAAACUCAGAACAACAAAGUACGUGGUGGAGGAUGAGGAUCUCGUGCAGUCCACAGCUUGUGUUGUUAUGUGAAACAAGCUUAAUUGAAGCCGGCCAUUUUGGCCAGCCAUUGAUGUUUUCAGAACGACGCGGUUAUUCGUGUUUAGCGAUACAAGCAUACGUGCCUUUAGUACGGUAGAAGUUUCAUUUUCUUUGGGGGUUCGGUUUUAGUUAUCUAUUAAGUCAGUUGUAAAAAUGAUAUCUCGAUCAAAUUUUGUUGUAAAAAUGGAAUGUCCUCUUUUGAGGAAUUGGGGGCCUCACGAUUGUAAACCUGAUUUUAUCUUGUGAGAUUGUAAAAUGACUUUUAGUUAUUUACAAUAAGGUAGAAAUUACAUGGGAUUUUUUAUUUUACCAGCUUACGUGCAAACAUUAGAUAGUGCAAUACUGGCAUUCAACUGAUUGUCGAAAGUUAUCCGGGCUUGCUCGGUGUUUCAUAACUUUGUUAUGUGAUUGGUCCAGAAAACUCGUGACUUGAUCACCUGCGUUUCCCGCGCUUCAAGCAGUUUGCGUAAUUUUAAUGUGAGUUCUCAUUGGCCAAUGAUAAUGCAAAGCUUUAUUUUAUUGGUCGCUGUGGUUACUUUAGUUUUUCGCCACUCAUUCAAAGACUGCACCAAUGGAAACAUCGUAUCAUUAAUUAGUUCUACUUAUUUUGUGUGAUUUUCUGAGCUUAAGGCCUGAAAUCACUAAGAGAUCAAAAACUUUAAUCCAGCGAAAGGACCAUUUAGUAAAUUAUGAACGUAAUAGCACCAAUA